CCGACCACUGGCGAAAACAUCCGAACAGUGCCGAACCGGUCUCUCUCCGGGAUUCACGUUUGCCGAGCCUCUACAUUAUUGACCAUUUCCUGACAUAUUAUUCGCAAAAACUCAUACUGCCGAUAAUACUGCCCCAAAUAAUAAAACGACAAGUGAAUAAGUAAACGCGAUAGUGUUAAAUACGAAUAAUAAAGUUGUACAUUGUGUAACCAGAAAUGCGUGUUGUAAACACACAGCUCUGUGACGCUGACGGAUUACGUUAAUUAACAUAUUAACUCUAAUAUACUACUGAAAACCCUGGAGACCGACCCAUUGUGUGAGGUGAAAUUACAAAGCAUUGGUGCAUUUUAACCGAACUGUACUAUUGGAGUGUAUAAAUAAUAAAUAAAUAAAUAAAAAAAAAAAUGCCGACAAAUAUACAAGAAAACAUCGCCCUCCUAAAUAUGGUAUCUUCAGAUAAUCUUGAAGACGAUUUGAAGAGUGUUCAGCUACAUUAUCCUUCGGAAAGACGAUUGCAAAGCGAUGGCGCAUGUGUAGAAGAGAGGGUGAGAACGUCUCGCGGGGACAUUUUGGUUGCGGUCCGAGGAGAUCGCAGUAAACGCGCCAUACUGACGUACCAUGACCUUGGCCUCAAUUAUGCCGCGAACUUCCAAGCAUUCUUUAAUUUUGUCGAUAUGAGAGCGAUAUUAGACAAAUUCUGUAUUUAUCAUGUCAAUGCUCCUGGUCAAGAGGAAGGCGCUCCCGCAUUACCCGAAGACUACACUUACCCAACAAUGGAUGCUCUGGCCUCUCAAAUUGAUUUCAUACUUGGGCAUUUCGGUAUAAGAUCCUUCAUCGGUUUCGGAGUGGGUGCAGGCGCUAACAUUUUGGCCCGCUACGCUAUUGCUAACCCUCAAAGAGUUGAUGCUUUAGCACUGAUUAAUUGCACAUCCACCCAGGCUGGGUGGACAGAAUGGCUGUACCAGAAAAUUAAUACUCGACAACUUCGAUCCAGUGGGAUGACUCAGGGCGCUCUUGACUAUCUCAUGUGGCACCACUUUGGCCGAAGCACUGAAGAUCGCAACCAUGACCUUGCACAAGUAUACAAAGAUUGUUUUUCUCACGUAAAUCCGAUUAAUUUGUCGAUGUUUAUCGAUUCGUUCAUUCGUCGUAGCGAUUUGGGAAUAUCUCGUGAGAACAAUUCCAUUAAAGUACCGGUUUUGAAUGUGACAGCUGCUUUGUCGCCACAUGUUGAUGAUACUGUAACCUUUAACGGUCGCUUGGAUCCCACUAAGACGUCGUGGCUAAGCAUUUCUGAUUGCGGAAUGGUAUUGGAGGAGCAGCCCAGUAAAAUAGCAGAGGCUUUCAGACUGUUUCUGCAGGGCGAGGGUUAUUGCAGGUAGUCAUAUUGCCCCAGACAACGAACCGUGCGCAGCGCUGCUACUCAUAGAAUGCACUGAUGCUUACACGCGAGCUUUAACGACACUGUUGUUUGUAGUCACGUUGAUGACGUAGAGAAAAAUGUUGUUCCUUGUUUUUAGAUAUUUAUGGGAAUAAAUUUAUUUUACGGCUUA